AUGGGGAAUAACCUUAGUUCAACGGUCACAACAAAAGCGCGGAAGAGAUUCAAGUUGUCCAGUAGGUCGAGUGCAGUAUCCCUAGCAACCACAUCAUCGGGAGCAAGUUCAGCGAAAGGUUCAGUCAGAAGUGACGGAUACAACGAUGGAAUUUCAAAAGUGCUCGAUGCAGACAAUGAGUCAUUGUUGGACUAUUUUCAUAUAAUGCAUUACAUGCUUAAAAAUUCUUGGAAUGGAAAUUUCUCCGCACCAGUACAAGAAGCGUUGAAUUCGGGAAUAAAUGUUUUAGAUGUUGGCUGUGGGCCAGGAACAUGGAUACUCGAUAUGGCUAGCACAUUCAUAAGAACAAAUUUUAUCGGAGUCGACAUAUCACCAGCCUACCCCACACAGAUCAAACCAGCAAAUACGCAAUUUUUAACAUGCGACGUGCUUGAGGGACUCCCAUUCGAAGACGGCUUUUUUGAUUUUGUCUAUCUAAGGUUUUUGAAUAAAGCAUUCACCAAAGACGAAUGGCACCAUACGUUGCUAAACGAGUUGAUGAGGGUAACCAAACCUGGUGGAUGGAUUGAAACGAUGGAACAGGGAGUAGAGGUAGUAGAUCCGACGCCUACUCUGGCCGUCACAUGGAAAGCGGGCAGACAACUAUUAGAAGAUAGAGGCGUCUGGGUUGGUCUCGCCCACGAAUUAGAGAAAUUGCUAAGCACUCAUCCACAAACUUUAAAUGUCGUAAGGCAGGAAAUAGAACAUGCGGUUGGUCCAUGGGGAGGCAAAGAUGGAGAAAUCUGGGCUACUCAUCUGAUUCAGUCAUUAGAGGCUGCAGCCCCAUCCCUGAUAGACUGUCUUUCAAUGUCGCCUGAAGAAUUUCGAGUUUUCUCGAAAGAAUACACAAAACAAUUACGUGAUCCCAAAUGUAAAACCAAAACCACUACCUUUAGAGUUUUUUGUCAAAAGAGUGAUAUGAUAUAA